AUGGAGAACCGAAGGACGGCGAGGACUUGGGUCGUGUUCACGGUGCUUCUCGUCGUCUUCGUUGCGCAUGGUGGAGCCGCACGUCCUGUGAGGAGCGGCUGUGAUGGGAUGCCAAAAGAGCGAAAUGAACUGCAAGCUCAUGCGCCAGAUGCUGCGGUGGCGGCGGUGGCGGCGGCAGGACUGAUGGGGGCUGGAGGGAAUGGGGUUGGCAAUCAGAAGAACUUCCCGCCGCUCGGCGGGGUUGGGAUGGGUGCCGGAAUGGGUGGCUAUGCCGGCAUGGGUGGUUAUCUCGGCGGGGUCGGCAGUGGCUUUGGUAUGGGCGGCGGUUUUGGGGCAGGAGGUGGUGCCGGUGUUGGUGGCAUGGGGGGUAUGGGCACCGGUCCGCUGGGAGGGCUCGGCAGCCUUGGCGUCGGCCCUGGUGGAACCGGUGUUCCUCUUCCUCUUCCUUAG